CUCAGUCCACACAUCCGAUGCCGCGCUCACACCAGUGACCCCAAUGUCAGCAAGUCGGGGCAAAGGUCCACAGCUCCUGGGGCAACACACCCUAUCCCGUCUGCGAAUAUGUCCGACCACUGCCCGGCGGCGUCCAGCCCUCGAUGACAUGCGCUGCUUAAACGCACAUUCACCUCUCCUCCCACGCACUUCACAACAUCCUCUGUCCACGAGCGCACAAUGGCAGGCCGCCGCCGCCGCCCCCGCGAAACAAAAGUCAGGGCUGGCGCUGCAGAUGGAGAAACAGAAGGAGAAAAUGCUGCGCGAGGGCAACCUGCCGGAAGACAUGGGCUUGAUCCCGGGCACCUUCAUCAUGCCGCGUAGCAAGAACCGCCCAAGCUGGACGUCGAAUUACAAAGACCGUCUAAAGCUGGAGAAGGCGAGGGCGACAACCAGAUUCACCGAUCUAGGCGGCGCUUUUUUCUACCGAUGGCUUCACGUCCGCCCGAGACCGCGACUCAACCUCCGCCAAAUCCCCGAUGCGGCCGUAGACCUGCACAACAAAGUGUACACGCAAUUGGCGAAAGGCAAUCUCGAACCCGUGCAAAACUUCGUCGUCCCCGGCUUCCUAGGCUCCCUCCGCGCCCGCAUCGCACAACGACAAAGCGGCACCAGCCUGAGAUGGGUACUGCACGAACACAAAACCAAACCGAAACUCGCUUCCUUCCGCGUGGCUAUGUUCCCGCCCGGAACAGGGGAGACGAACAAGCAGCGCAAAGGCGCCAUCCAGGCUGUAGUGCGGCUGCACACGCUGCAAUCGCUGCAGCACGUGCGACUGCGGCCCACGCGCAAGGGCCAGCCGCCGGAAGAGGUGCUGGUGGAUGCGCAGGGCAAGGAGCUGCCGCUGUCCGAGCAGGCGGAGGCGGAGGCGCGGAAGAACGCAAAGGAGCUGGUGGAGUACAUCGUGCUUCAGAAGCUGAUUAGGAAUAGCCGAGAGGGCGCGUGGAAGGUGUGGGGCACGACGGACGAGACGACGCUGGACAAGGUGAAGCAGCUGGAGGCGAAGGCGAACCAGUCUGCGCUUCCGCUCCCGCGCGUGCGGCAAGGCUGGCGCUUUUUGGACUAUCUGGGCAUCUCCCGGCUAUGGAAUAGAAUACGAGCAAGGCGCAAGGUAAGCAAGGAGGAAGCGGUAUAAAGGAUGUCGUUGAUAGAUGUACAUUACUCAUCGUCGAGGUUGUCUA